CAGUUCCUGUUUCGGCCUCUGCUGUACCUCUUCGGCCCCUGGGGCUCCCCGCAGACGCCUGCUCUUCCUGCUGCGCUGGGGCCGCUCUUCCUGGCCGCCUGCCGCCCGCAUCCGCGCUCACCCCGCCGGGGCAUGGGGCCUCCCCCCGGCUUGGGCCGGCCCUUCUGGGGCCCCCGAGGUGCUUCGGCCCCGCCGUGACCAACCGGCCCGCCUGGUGCUGCCGUCUCCAGGAUGAAGGGCAGCGAGGGGGACGCGGGCGAACAGGCCCCGCUGAACCCGGAGGCCGAGAGCCCUGCGGGUUCGGCCACGUACCGCGAGUUCGUGCACCGCGGCUAUCUGGACCUCAUGGGGGCCAGUCAGCACUCGCUGCGGGCGCUCAGCUGGCGCCGCCUCUACCUCAGCCGGGCCAAGCUCAAAGCCUCCAGCCGCACGUCUGCGCUGCUCUCGGGCUUCGCCAUGGUGGCCAUGGUGGAGGUACAGCUGGAGAGCAACCACAAAUACCCGCCAGGCCUGCUGGUGGCCUUUAGUGCCUGCACCACUGUGCUAGUGGCUGUGCACCUCUUUGCACUCAUGGUCUCCACGUGUCUGCUGCCCCACAUUGAAGCCGUGAGCAACAUCCACAACCUCAACUCUGUCCACCAGUCGCCACACCAGAGACUCCACCGCUACGUGGAGCUGGCCUGGGGCUUUUCCACUGCCUUGGGCACCUUUCUCUUCCUCGCUGAAGUUGUCCUGGUUGGCUGGGUCAAGUUUGUGCCCAUUGGGGCCCCCUUGGACACACCAGUCCCUGGGGUAACUGCAUCCCAGGUGCCUGGAACUCUGCCACCAGUGGCCACCUCCCUUAGUCCAGCUUCCAACCUCCCAUCAUCCUCUGCUUCUGCAGCUCCGUCACAGGCUGAGCCAUCUGAGGCCUGCCCACCCCGGCAGGCAUGUGGUGGUGGGGCGGCCCAUGGGCCAGGCUGGCAAGCAGCCAUGGCCUCCACAGCAAUCAUGGUACCUGUGGGGCUCGUGUUUGUGGCCUUUGCCCUGCAUUUCUACCGCUCCUUGGUGGCACACAAGACAGACCGCCACAAGCAGGAGCUUGAGGAGCUGAGUCGCCUGCAGGGGGAGCUGCAGGCUGUGUGAGGCUGGUGUUAAACUGCUGCAAGCACUGCCUCCUGGGUCUGCAAGAGGCCCCAGUGUCUACAGACCUCAUUCCCUGCCCCUGGCUUGAACCACUUCCUGUGGUCACUCAGGUAGAAACCAGUUUCCUGCCUGCAGGGUCCUUGGGGCAGCUCCCACAUUCCCAGGAAUUUUCCCUGUCGGCCUGUCCCAUGGGUUUUAUAAGCUCUAUGCCUGGGCUGGGAGAAACAAGGGAGGAGGUAGAAGGUCCUCAAUCCAAGGAUCAUGUGGUAGAUGGAGGGGAGGCAGGGAGACUCCUGGUGGGACCUUUGGUGCUGACCCUCAGCCACCUUUUCCAUUCCUAUACGGAAUGGUCAGAAGGUUACAUGCUCACACAGCUGCCCCAAGAGGCAGUCAACCCUUGCUUUAUUUUCGUAGAAUCUAUUUUAUGGUUGGCAUUUUUGGGGAAGCUUUUCCCUGUUCCCAGAUUUUGGUGGGUUCCACAUUCUUGCUUUAGUUGCUGUAGAGGCAUUUGGGUAUUUCUCCCCCUAGGCAUAUGUCCAGCUUUUCCUAGGAGAAGCCUCCAUGUUUUUGGAGAUUUGAGCCCACAUCCCACUGUUGGUGACUUGAGGCCACACACAAGAGGGGUGGUGCCUGACCCACUGCCCUAGCCCUACACUUAGGCACCUAUAUCUGGUUCUCACCCUCCUGGGCCAGGGUUAGGGGUCUUCGGAGACUGAAAGCCUGUGUGCCCAGCCUGAAUCCUUAGCAAGGGUUGGAAGAAGAGCUUUGAAGGGAGAAGGUCCAGUCGCCAGCCCUUGGAAUACAGAACUCUUCUGACACCGAAUUUUUGAUGCACCUUGUUUUAUAUAAUAAAUUGUG